AUGCCUCCUUCCGAACCCAUUUUCGGCGAUCAAGAAAUCCAAACAGCCCUCGAAUCGGUUCAGAGCAAUGAUAACCCCGACGGCUGGUUCCUUCUCUCUUACGCUGGCGAAAGAAGCAACAAACUAGUCCUGUUUGCCGAGGGCAAGAAUGGGUUGGACGAGCUGAAGGAUAAGCUGGUGGACAACCAGGUUCUUUACGGCUACCAGCGCAUCGAGUAUAACAAUGACACCGAGAGCAAGCGAGUCAAGUUUGUGGUGGUUGUCUGGAUUGGCCCAGAGGUCAAGGUGAUGCGCCGAGCCCGUGUCAGUGUCGAGAAGGGCGGAGUCAUCGAGAAGCUGGGUCCUCACGGCACCGUCGACGCGAGCGACAGAGGGGACAUAGUCCGUGAUGAUCUGGUGAAACAGCUGAGGAAGAAUGGCGGUGCCGACUACAAUGGCGGCCGGGGCUGA